GCGGAGCCGUCGCGGGCCGGGCCUGUCCCGCCGCAGCGUCCCCGGGACCGAGCGGGGGUGAGGCGGAGAGGGAGCAGUGCCUAACAGGACUCGGAGCUCGGCCAGAAUGGUGCUGGAAGGAAACCCUGAAGUGGGGUCCCCCCGAACCUCAGACCUCCAGCACCCUGGGAACAAUGGCUCUUGUGUCCUCUCUUCUCCUGGUGAAGAUGUACAGCCAGGAGAGGAGCCCAUCAAGUAUGGAGAACUCAUCGUCCUGGGAUGCUGUGAGGAAGGAGGUGAGGAAACCGAGGCUCAGAGAGGGGAAGUGACUGGCCCAAGGGCACACAGCUGCUACAAUGGGUGUCUAGCGAGUGGGGACAAGGGCCGCCGGCGAAGCCGCCUGGCACUGAGCCGCCGGCCACAUGCCAAUGGAGUGAAGCCAGACGUCAUGCAUCACAUCUCCACGCCGCUCGUCUCCAAGGCCCUGAGUAACCGAGGUCAGCACAGCAUCUCGUACACACUGUCCCGGAGUCACUCAGUCAUAGUGGAGUACACACAUGACAGCGACACGGACAUGUUUCAGAUUGGUCGCUCCACUGAGAACAUGAUCGACUUUGUGGUAACAGACACGUCCCCUGGAGGAGGGACCACUGAGGGUCCUUCUGCCCAGAGUACCAUUUCCCGAUAUGCCUGUCGCAUCCUCUGUGACCGCAGGCCCCCCUAUACUGCCCGCAUAUAUGCUGCUGGCUUUGAUGCCUCCAGCAACAUCUUUCUUGGAGAGCGGGCAGCCAAAUGGCGGACUCCUGACGGCCUGAUGGAUGGCCUAACCACCAACGGAGUCCUGGUGAUGCACCCUGCGGGCGGCUUCUCUGAGGAUUCAGCUCCAGGUGUCUGGCGGGAGAUUUCAGUCUGUGGGAACGUGUACACACUACGGGACAGCCGCUCAGCUCAGCAGCGGGGGAAGCUGGUGGAAAACGAAUCCAACGUGCUGCAAGACGGCUCACUCAUCGACCUGUGUGGGGCCACAUUGCUGUGGCGCACUCCAGCGGGGUUGCUGCGGGCACCCACACUGAAACAGCUGGAAGCCCAGCGGCAAGAGGCCAAUGCGGCGCGGCCCCAGUGCCCUGUGGGCCUCAGCACUCUGGCCUUCCCCAGUCCAGCCCGUGGACGCACAGCACCUGACAAGCAGCAGCCCUGGGUCUACGUCCGUUGCGGCCACGUCCACGGCUAUCAUGGCUGGGGUUGCCGCCGGGAGCGGGGCCCCCAGGAGCGCGAGUGUCCUCUCUGCCGCCUUGUGGGGCCCUAUGUGCCCCUGUGGCUUGGCCAAGAGGCUGGUCUCUGCCUGGACCCUGGGCCACCCAGCCAUGCCUUUGCACCCUGUGGCCAUGUCUGCUCUGAGAAGACUGCCCGCUACUGGGCCCAGACACCACUGCCACAUGGCACCCAUGCUUUCCACGCUGCCUGCCCCUUUUGUGGGGCUUGGCUCACUGGUGAGCAUGGCUGUGUCCGCCUCAUUUUCCAGGGACCACUGGACUAGGCUCUCCAGGGCUCCUACAGCUGUGCCUGCCUGCCCACCCGGGUCCUCCACCUCUUGCAGCCCAGAGGGAGCUCUCUGCAUGUGGGACUCUGCCUGCUGGCACAUUGCCACAUCAGCUGGACACAUUGGAUGGGUGUUAUACCUCCCCCAACUCUGACCCCCAAGGGGGUCCUUGAGACCUGUACCCCAGUCCAGAUCAAAGGGGCCUGCAGCACUAGCUGUGCCCCAGGCUGAUGGAGGGAAGCCCAGGUCCCCAUCCUGCCCUUCCUGGGGUGUUUCCCAUCAUGCCGCCUACACUGUGCCCCUGGGGGAGUGAAGGGGCUGUGGCCUCUGACCCCCAGCUUAGUCUGGCUGUGCCCUGAGCCUGCCAACCCAGCAACAGAUACUAAUCCUACUGCUGUCCUGGGUUCCCCUAUAAAGCUUGCUGCUCAGCCACCCUCCCGAA